GCAGCUUAUCACUUCACUCCCACACACCCCUCACGCCCUCACAACAUGCCUGUAGACUUUCAUCUUGGCCCGACCGAGGCUUCCACCCGCGCUGCCGCCGCCAGCUUUGCCCAGCAUGUCCUCAAGCCUGCCCGCUCCGAGUACCUCAAGCAUGAGCAGCACCACGAGCGGUUCCAAGCCACCCAGACGGCCUAUUCUGCGGCAGUCAAGGGCGGCCUGAUCAAGGGCCAGAUCUCGCCCGCUCACGGCGGCGGCGGUGGGAGCCUUGUCGAGGCGGCCAUCAUGGUGGAGGAGUGUUAUGCCGUCGAACCAUCCGCGGCUCUCACCAUCUUCGCGACCGGCCUAGGCCUGACCCCGCUGAACAUAGCGGGCAGGCCUGAGCACGCCGAGUUCCUCGCGCCCUUCCUUAGCGGCGAGGGCGCCCCGCUGGCCUCGCUGGUGUUCAGUGAGCCCGGCGGAGUCGCCAACGCCCUGGAGAAGGGUGCGCCCGGCUUCCAGACCACGGCGCGCCGCGACGGCAACGAGUGGGUCAUCAACGGCGAGAAGAUGUGGGCGACCAAUUGCGCGGGCUGGGAUUUCAAGGGAUGUGACCUGGCCUGCGUUGUCUGUCGUGACGUUACGGACGAGACCCCGAAUCCCGAUGGCGACCCCAGAGACCAUGUCAUGAUCCUCCUGGUAACCCGUGCCGACCUCGACCGCAACGGUGCGGGCGCCUUUGAGGUCCUGCGCCACAUCUCGACUCCGGGGCACACGUCGGUCUCGGGACCCCACGUGCGAUACACCAACGUCCGCGUGCCAGCCAAGAAUGUGCUCUGCCCUCCAGGGCAGGGCGCCCAGGUUGCCUUCGGGUCAUUCGAUGUCAGCGCGGUCCUCGUUGGCGCCAUGGGUGUCGGUCUCAUGCGGGCGGCCUUCGAUGCUGCGCUGGCCUUCGCCAAGCGGGACUCGCGCAACGGCGCGGUGCCGCUGCUGGAGCGCCAGGCGUUUGCCGACCUGCUAUCGGGCGUCAAGAUUCAGGCUGAGGCGUCACGGGCCCUGACGUGGAAGGCCGCCCACGCCAUGGAGAAUGGCCCCGGCGACUACGACGCGCGUCGGGAGUUUGCCUUGGCCGCCAAGAUCUACUGCAGCGACGCGGCCGUUAAGGCCUGCACGGAUGCCAUCAAUGCGGUAGGAAUCACGGCUUAUGACCUGAGCCAGCCUUUCGCCGAACUUCUGAACACUGCUAUGGUGUUGCCCAUCUUCGAUGGUGGCAAUGUUGGAGUUCGGAGACGUCACAUGCAGCAGCUUAUGUUGUCGCCGACCUACGAUGCGUGGGCGGCGACAUAUGGCCCGUCCGAGAAGCAAUGAAUCGGCACUUUCCUUGGAGAAAGUGUGAGCUUCAUAACUGAAGGCAGCCCGUUGGCGGCCGGACGAGCGACCUGUCCAAAGGACUAUAUAAAAUGAAACAAAUAUUCGACAUGCUACAGCGUCGAUUUUGGAAAAUAGAACCAACUUGCCUAUGGUGCGUAGCCGCUAAGUUGGUCAUAGUCUCCUGGGUCCUCAUGUCAUAAACUUCUUCUUGCAAGAAUCAGUCUCUGACUAGAUUGAGCUUCACUGACGAUUCCCUUGCGAGUCGCAUGAGAUCAUCUUGCCUGACUUCGAGUAUGAUAUUAGAGUGUGACUCUAGCAAAUCUACGGACAGCAAGGCAAGGAGACGCUAUAUGAAUAAAAAUCUAGAAGAGCAAGAGAAAGACAAGUCAAUAAAAGGCUGCAGAGUUACAAAUGAGAAACCAUCCCACG